AUGGCGGAUGACGUGCCCUGUUGUGAUACCAAGUUUUUUCUAUAUGUGUUGAUAAUCAUAGGACUGGUGACCUUUGCUGGGCUCAUGGCUGGUCUGACUCUUGGGCUUAUGUCUCUUGGUCUUGUCGACCUCGAGGUUCUCAGCAAAUCAGGGCGCACCCAGGAUCGUAUUCAUGCCUCUAAAAUACUUCCAGUGGUGAAGAAUCAACAUCUCUUGCUAUGUACGCUCUUGAUUGGAAACUCUCUAGCGAUGGAGUCUCUUCCCAUAUUCUUGGACAAGCUCGUGCCUCCAUGGGCAGCAAUCCUAUUAUCAGUCACACUCAUCCUCAUGUUUGGGGAGAUAUUGCCUCAAGCAAUCUGUACUCGGUAUGGAUUAACUGUUGGAGCAACCGUAGCACCCUUUGUCCAGCUUCUUCUUUGGGCAUUUUUCCCUAUUGCUUAUCCAAUUAGUAAGGUUCUGGAUUGGAUGCUGGGUAAGGGGCAUGCUGCCCUUCUGCGUAGAGCUGAGCUGAAAACGUUUGUGGAUUUUCAUGGUAAUGAGGCUGGGAAGGGUGGGGAUUUGACGCAUGAUGAGACAACAAUAAUUGCUGGAGCUCUGGAAAUGACUGAGAAGACUGCUAAAGAUGCCAGGACCCCUAUAUUGAAGGCAUUUUCCAUCGAUCUAGAUGGAACCCUUAAUUUGGAAACACUGAAUGCUAUAAUGACAAUGGGCCAUAGUAGAGUUCCAGUUUAUUAUAAAAAUCCAAAUAACAUUAUUGGAAUUAUACUGGUUAAAAAUCUCUUAGCUGUUGACCCUGAACAUUCAGUUCCUCUGAGGAAAAUGUUAAUAAGAAAAAUACCCUGGGUUCCAGAAAACAUGCCACUUUAUGAUAUUCUGAAUGAAUUUCAGAAGGGUCACAGUCACAUUGCUGCUGUAUAUAAGGAUCUGAAUGAAACAAAAGAGACGAUGCAGAAAACCAAAGAAGACAUUGACAACCUUGCGAUAAAAUCCAUCUCACCUGAUGCUGACAAAAUCUUGAGUAAGGCUGAUGUAGACCAAGUGACAAAGAAAAGUCCUCCAUCUACUCCUGCUUUCAAAAAGAAACAUAGAGGCUGCUCAUAUUGCAUUUUAGAUUUAGAGAAUUCUCCAAUUCCUGAACACCUACCCAAUCAAGAAGUUGUUGGUGUAAUUACUAUGGAGGAUGUUAUUGAGGAGCUUCUUCAGGAGGAGAUACUGGAUGAAACGGAUGAAUAUGUCAACAUACAUAACAGGAUAAAGAUAAACAUGAACACUUCUCAAGAAAAGGCUCUCGAGUCAAACUCCAUACAAUAUUCUUCUAUACCUACUCCCUCGGUAGAUUCGGGUCUUCCCCUUGUUCAGUAUAGUGAAAUGGCUAUAACAAGAUUUGGUCCUCAAGUAAAACGCUCAUACCAGUCAUAUGGGUUCCGCAUAAAGUUGACAGCAACCGUAAUAUUGGGCUUGUGUUUUGUAUUUGUUUGGUCUGUCUUUUCAAAAUUUUCUGUUACUUCUCAAAGGGAAAGCUUUGAUGAUAUUGCUGAACCAGUGUCUGCAGCAAGUGGGAAGGUGAGUGAUUUUCAAAUUCAUUUUGGAAAGGAAGAUCCAAAGAAAGGUCAAGAAAGUAGUGAUGAAUCUAGAGAGGUGAAAUCUAAACCUAGUUUGGAUGAUAAAGACAAGAAGAUUAAUGGGUCCUUGCCAAUUAAGCCUAAAGAAGGGCAGAAAAAGGAGCAAGAAGAAGGUAAGGGGAAAAGUGGGGGUGGGAAUUCAAAGUUGCCAAAAGGGGAUAAGGAGGAAAAUCAAGAAAACAAGGGGGGAUCGGAGGUUGGGGACGUAAUAAGAGAAAAGGGAGAAGAGGAAGAGAAUAGGAAGAGUGGUGAAGAUUUGGAAGGGGAGGAGAUUGCAAAUGAGGAGGUAGAAAGAGAAUUUGAUUUAACUAAUAGUGAAGACUUGGAUCAAGAAGCUGUUGAUGAUGAAAAUAAGGUUUCAAGAAGCGGAAAGAAGAAAAAGAAAUUGGGUCCUUUAUUUGAUCCAAAAGCACACUAUACCUGGAAAUUAUGUAACACAAGAAGCAAACAUAAUUACAUUCCUUGUAUUGACGUUGAAAGUGCAAGUGGAAGACUGCAGAGUUAUCGUCAUCAUGAGAGGAGUUGCCCUCGAUUGCCUGUUAUGUGUCUUGUUCCUCUGCCCCAUGAUGGUUAUGGUGAUCCAGUGCACUGGCCUGAAAGUAAAGUGAAGAUAUUAAAUAAAAAUGUGGCACAUCCAAAAUUAGCUGCAUUUGUUAAGUCGCAAGAUUGGGUUGUGGAGUCUGGGGAAUAUCUCACUUUUCCUCAGAACCAACCUGUAUUCAAGGGUGGAAUCCGGCACUAUUUAGACUCCAUUGAGGAGAUGGUACCAGACAUUGAAUGGGGAAAAAACAUUCGCAUAGUUCUAGAUAUUGGAUGUAAAGAUUCAAGCUUUGGGGCUUCUUUACUUGAGAAGGACGUGCUGACACUUGUACUUGGCUUGAAAGAUGACCUAGUCGACCUGGCACAGCUUGCCCUUGAGCGUGGUUUUCCUGCUGUGGUUAGCCCCUUUUCAGCUCGAAGGCUUCCUUUUCCUAGUGGUGUUUUUGAUGCAAUUCACUGUUCAGAAUGCAAUAUGGCUUGGCAUUCAAAUGGGGUUAAGCUUAUUUUAGAGUUGAGUAGGAUUUUGAGGCCAGGAGGGUAUUUCAUUCUGUCAACUAAACAGAACAAUAUUGAAGCUGAAGAAGCUUUGUCCAAAUUGACAGUAUCUAUCUGUUGGAACAUCCUGGCUGAUAAAGUCGAUGAGGUCAGCGAUAUAGGUAUCAAGAUAUAUCAAAAGCCAGAAUCAAAUAACUUAUAUAAACUGAGAAGAAAAAAAGUUCCACCUAUGUGCAAGGAAAAUGAGAAUCCAGAUGCUGCCUGGUAUGUUCCGUUGAAAACUUGCCUGCACGCCAUUCCUGAAGGCAUUGAACAACGUGGCACUGAAUGGCCUGAGGGAUGGCCGAAGAGGCUUAACAUGUUUCCCGACUGGAUGAAUAAUAGAGAGGGAUUGACUGCCGAUAGUGAGCACUGGAAGGCUGUUGUGAACAGGUCUUAUCUAACAGGAUUGGGUGUUGACUGGUCAUCUAUCCGGAAUGUAAUGGACAUGAAAGCCAUCAAUGGAGGAUUCGCUGCUGCGCUUUCUGAGCAACAGGUGUGGGUGAUGAAUGUGGUACCGGUACAUGCGCCAGACACACUCCCCAUCAUUUUUGAACGUGGGCUUUUCGGCACUUAUCAUGAUUGGUGUGAAUCCUUCGGUACUUAUCCACGAUCUUAUGACCUGCUGCAUGCUGAUCACCUCUUCUCAAGGCUUAAAAACCGGUGCAAGCAGCCUGUAGCAAUUGUUGUUGAGAUGGAUCGCAUAUUAAGACCUGGUGGUUGGGCAAUAAUUCGUGACAAGGCAGAAAUACUUGAUCCAUUAGAAGAAAUUCUGAAGAGUCUGCAUUGGGAGAUUCGAAUGACAUUUAGACAGGAUAAGGAAGGCAUCCUCUGUGCCCAAAAGACCGUAUGGCGGCCCUAA